GAUAUGUGCGACGCAGCUCCGAAUGAGCCGUGCAUUUUGAUCAGCGAGAGAUGAUCCUGCGGUUCCGCAAGGACGAAAUGGCCAAGGACGUUUCCGCAGCUUUCAACUGCGAAUGUUCGCUCGGAAUCGCUCAGAGACGGUUGUUCGAGCGCUUCGAAAAGACAUCGCAUUGCGGCCGACCGCUAAUUGAUAAUUGGGAAAAACAAAUGUACGGUGAAAGGCUGCAGCCGACAUUCUCCACGUGCAGUAUAUAACGCCAACUCGAGCCGGUAUUAAUUUAGGAACGAGAAAAGACCGCAUGACAGAGGAAAGAGGGAAAAGAUCUCACCGGUCUGGACUCUGGACUUAGGUAUAAAAAGGAAGGGCAAAAUCCGUGAAAAAUGUCAGACGGAGGAACGGACAACCCGGCGUUUUCAAACGACGAAGGGCAUCACGGCUCGGACAAUUCGAACUCGACGUUGGAGAACAGCCACACGGAGAGCUUGCAGAACAGUCAGAUAACCGUGGAAAGCGAUUACAGGACGCCGAUCGACGAGGCGUCUUCAGCAGCAGCGAGUCAGAAGGUCGAAAACGGCCAUCAACAGUCCUUCGUGUCGCAGCAUUACGUUGAACCGGUUAGAACGAGUCCGGAACCACAGUACAAGACUGAGACAAGGAUAGAAUUGCCCGCCGAUAACCAAGAGAAAUUGCCGAGUGCCACAAAGUCCAACGGUGUUCAUGGCAACGGGAACAACAACGACGCCAGUUUUCUCAACACGAGUGCUGCCAGCAUACAGAGCAAUGAUGGAAAGAAGGAACAAGUCGAAGCUGUUAACUUGGAAUUGGUGUCUAUGAGGCCUUACAGCGGUGCUAAUGCACAAAGUAAAGGACAGGAAGCUUGCGAGGUACCCGCAGAUCCUUACGAAGAAUACUUCGUGCCUGUAAACGAGCACAGAAAGUACAUCAGCAGAAGUCCUGAUGCUGAAGUUGAAACGACUGUGGCUGGAGUUCGUUUCGAUUUGGGCCCAGGACUGGGGCGCGAAGGACUUAGCCUGAGAGACCCAACUGCUGGACUGGUCGACUAUUCCCACUGGCGGAAUGCCCUCAGAGGAGAAAAAUUGUACGUCACUAAGGACAAAAGGUCUCGAAGUUCGUAUUGGAGACGAAUAGCUUGCUGGGGAUGCGGUCUCUUGGUUCUAGCCAUUGCUAUUAUUAUUGCAAUAUUGGCCGCAACUGGUGUAAUUCUUACGCAAGAGGAGACUCAGCCUUUGGAAAGUGACGGACACACGAGUUCACGCCAAUUUGGCGACAUCAAAACAUCCGGCAGUCAAGAAUAUAUGAGGAACCCCCCCGCCAGUCCCCCACCUGAAGCUUCAACUAUACCACCGUGGCAAACAACCGACGAAACUUUAUAUGAAACAGUUCCCAAAGCUUUCGACGGAUUAUUGACAUUGGACAAUUUCAACUGGACGGAAGGCAUGGAUGAUCCAAAAUCGAGAGUUUACAGAGACGUUUCGCAAGAGAUUGAAGAAAAUUUGAAAGACAAGUUGCACCUGGCGGCGAACUUGUCUGUCGUCAAAGUCUACAACAUCAGCAGGAAUGGGGAAGUCAAAUUCAGGAUCAGUUACCCUCCGGUACCAGCGCCCGAGCAGAUGAGGGAUGAAGUUGAAAAGACGUUACAGGAGACUGGCAGUAUGGUCGGUAAAUACCAUUUGUCGAAGUUGGACGUCAGUCGUCUGAUCGACGAUUGUAAACACGGUCAAAUGAAUUGCAGUGAUAGUUGCCGAUACGAUUAUUCCGAGGGUGUGUUCGUUUGCUCUUGUUUGAACGGGAAAGUGUUGGAAGCAGACGGCACGAGUUGCCACGACGAGAACGAUCUGAGUAACGUCGAUAUGGAUGAAGACAUUCCUCACGUUCACAGCACCGAAGUGUACGCGCAAGACGGCGUUCAAGGAAGAAGCCAAGGACACGAGACAACCUUCAGUCCGAUACACCAGGAAUUAGACCACGCACCAGCCGUACCCGUAGGGAUAGACGAACACCAACAUGAAACUGUAUCCGAGCCUGAACCCACUGGCGAACCCAAGUCAGAGCCUGAACCGAAAGUUGAGCCAAUUGUUACACCCCAAUCAGAACUUGAACCGACUUCUGAACCUAAAGCAGAACCUGAACCAACAUCUGAACCCAACACAGAGCCUCUACCGUCUGUUGAACCCGAACCUGUAUCCCAACCCAAGGCAGAACCUGAACCUUCUGUCGAACCCGAACCAUCAUCGGAACCCAACGCAGAGCCUGAAACUUCUGUCGAACCCGAACCAUCAUCUGAACCGAAUGCAGAGCCGGUACCAUCUGUUGAACCAGUGCCUGUAUCUGAACAUGAAGUAGAAACUGAACCAUCUGUUCAAUUUACACCAGCAUCCGAACCUUCUGUCGAACACGAAUCAAAGGUAGAACCUGAACCUUCAGUCGAACCGAAACCAACCUCCGAACCAAAGGCGGAACCUGAACCUUUUGCCGAACCGGAGCUGAAAUCCGAACCAAAAGCAGAACCUGAACCCACUGUUGAGCCUGAACCAGUAGCUGAGCCUAAAUCCGAACCCGAACCUUCUUCUGAACCGAAGUCAGAACCUGCGCCUGAACCAAAAGUGACGGCUGCUGAACAUGAGCCGGAUGUAAUGACAGCUACCAAUUCAACAACUGAACUUGUCGAACCAGUUGUGCAGAUAUCCGAACCGCAACAAUCUGUUGAACCAGAAUCUGACCACCCACUUAUGGCUGAGCCGAAAAUUGAACCUAACGCGACUGAAGAAAUUCAAAACGAGCCCACUUUGGCGACACACACCAGACCUGAGUCUAAUUCGCCGAGUAUUUCUUCGGAUCAACACGAUACUGUCCUGCAAGCAAAUGUGGAAUCUGAAGAAAGCACACCAUCGUCUACUGAGUUUUCGCAAGUUCCUGGACACCCUGUGGAAGCAACCGGUCAGUCUGCUGUUGCGUGGGAUUCCAACGCUGAUGAAAAAUGGAACACACUUACACCCACGUCUUUUCCAGAAGCUGAUAAAGAGUUUGCGGAACAGAUGGAACAUAAUCUGACAUCAGGAAAAUCACUUCAGGCAGAAGAAAAUUCCGAGUCGAUGAAAAGUGAUAAUCAAACACAGCCGAUAUUACCGUUUUCGAAUAUCACACCAGUUGAAACGUCGCAAGUUAGCCUAAAUGAGUCUGAAUAUAAUAUUGUACCGUCCGUUGAUUCUAUCUAUCAUCUUGCAGGCAGCCAAGGCAUGAACAACGAAACUUUCAUGGUGCCACAGAAUCCAGCACAAUUCGAAAAUGUCUCUGCUUCCGAAGCAGAUGCCGAACACAACUUGCGGUCCGAAAAUAACUCUGAAGUUAAUCAGGCUGAAUCUUCCACUGGAAUAGUGAAUGAUCUCGCAUUGCAAGAUGAUCUAGUACAACACUUCGUACUUCCAUCCGAAUCGCAAAGUGAAGCAGCUCCGGUUACAGACUCGAGAGAAAAUUCGACCGUUUCACAUAUACCGGCGAUUGAAAAUGUACAACCAGGCGAAUCCCCGAAUACAACGGAGAAUGUCGAAAAAUUCGAACAGUCUCAAGGAGUAUCAGGAGCAGCGAUUGGCGAAUCUAGAAGUAAGGUUAUUCCUGAUUAUGACUCGUUUUUGGACUCAGUGAUUCAACCUACCAGUACACCAACGCCUAUUCGAGAGAGCAUUCCGGUUAUUGAGCAAGCUGAAGAACCGGAAUCAGAAUCAGACUCCGCGCCAUUCUUUGCUACGACAAUCAAACCUUCAGCGUCCGUAGAGCCUGAAACAAUAAAUGCGUCGAACAAAACGUCGGAAACAAUUGUUGAAGCGAAACCUGGCUUCGCUAGUGAAGAUUCAAAUUCAAAAUCUAAUUCCAGCAUGGCGGAACCAUCUUUGACAAAAAUGAACGACACCGGAAUAAAUGGAAUUGAAGGCAUCCUGAGCACAUCUGGUAACGACCAAACACUACCGGAAACAACAGAGUACAACGUUGUAGAACACAUGCCGCAAACUGUAUACCAAAUACUGCCAAAGCUCUUGGGUGAAAAUGUCGAACCGUUGAUAGAGGUUAAUAAAAAUGUAACGUCAUCUGACGACCAGCACAUCAUGGUCAUCGCUAACACCGAGUCUUCUACUGAACACUCUAUGCAUAGUAUAAUUCCGGAGUUAUUGCCCGAGCGAAUUGAUAGCGCUCAUUCAAUGGAAAACCCACUUCACAAUGAUUCUAAACUUGAUGAUGUGCCAAAAAUUAACGAAUAUCAUCAAACCGAAUACAUUGAUCACAUUGAAACGCUACAAAACAGUCCGAAGCACCCACCUCUCCUACCGGAGAAUACCAUGGUCACUGAACAUCCAUUAUAUCCGGUAGUUUUUGCUGAGAAUUCCGUUGAACAUUCUGCUGACAAAGGUGAGUUCUCUGACGAGAAGCUCGUCGAAAACAUGUCACCAUACUUGCCAGACAUCCAACACGAGAAAGAAAUAUCUAAAAAGGCUCCAAGAUUAGAUAAAGAUGAACAAGAUGAACCGAACCCAUUCGAUUCUCACGUACCAGAUGUCAUUGCGCAUCAUUCCGAGGAAAGCGGUAACAAAUCCAAAUUGCAAAGUGAGUCGAGUAACAUCGAUUUUAACGGUGCCUUAAAUGAAGUUCAUGAACAGCUGAAUGAUACUGACGUUGAACUAUCUGUUGCUACUGAAAUUAAUAAUGAAACACACGUGCACGGAGGAGGUUACUCUGUAGAAAAUGCAAGAAAUCAAGUACCAGUAAUUAUGACGGGUGUUGCCGUUGAAAAUGCGGAAGGUUCGAGGCAAGUUCAUUUGGAAAAUAAUCUCAAUGACACAUCUUCUGAAAAUUCAAAUAAUCUUCAGCAUGGCCUGAACAACACCGGCGAAGUAUCGGUGCAAGAUUUUAAUGACAGCAAUGGUCACAAUCAUUCGGUAAAUGUAAUUGACAACGGUAUAAACGAACAUCAUCUACAUAUGGCUAAUGAAUCGUCAGUUGAAGAUAACGCUGAGCAGGCCUUGAAAGAUCAAGUUCACACCGAUACUGAACACGGAAAUGAAUCUGCUGUAGAUUCUUCUAUCCACUCGGAGGGAAGUAACGAUUCAGAAGAAAUUUUGGGCGUUAUACCAUUGGAGGAUGACUCCGAACGAUCCGAUAACCAUGAAGCUGUACCAAAAAGUGAAAACGAAAGCUUGUCGCCACAAAGUAGCGAAAAGAAAAUUAUCGAAGGUACCACUGACACUGAAAACAUUUCAACAUCCAGUAAGGAAAUAAACAAUACAUCGACAGACACACAAAAACCCGUACACUCGGACAAAGCUACAGUUGAUUAUACCCAGAGUAUUUUUGAAGAUCACUAUAACGAUAUUGUGGACGAAAAUGAUUCAAAUCUAACUAAACAUUUCCAAGAACAAAAGAAGGAACAAAACAUCAACGAUGUAGCCAAUCCAAGUAAUACUAGCGCAUCAUCAAAUGCUCAAAACACGACGAUCUUACCAGUGCAAAGUGAUGUAGAUAUAGUAAAGAAUAAUCAAACUUCAACCGAACAAUCUACGGAACACAACGAAAUUUCACACUCCUCUUAUACCGACAUUAACGAACAAACACCGGUACACAAUACUCGAGAACAAGUGUCAACAAUUUCUAACGAUACCGAUGUUGCAGCUGACGCAAAUACUCUUACCGAUCACAAAGAAAUAACUACUGUUGAAUCGAUCUCUGAUACCCAAACAACGAUGUUAUCGGGAAUAAUUAACGAGCAUUCCAACGAGGCUAAGCUUACUACCGAAGUCCCCAUUCUCCCGUUGGAAUUAGAACAAACUGUUUCUGUAACCGAAAAUGUUCUUCAGAAUGACGAGACAACAACCAGAGAAAAACAUCAUGACCAGCAAACCAACGACACAAGCACAGUACCACCACUAACGUUUAUCCAUGGAUCCAGUUUAGAAGGCAAUGCUACUACCCAAGUACCCAUUAUGCCUGAUGAGUUACAGACAACCGAAAAUGAGAUUUUCACCACUACAACUCCCGCAAAGAUACUACAGAGUGAAGAGAAGCUGAUGGAUGGUGUAAGUAUUAACUCUGAACAUGGUCAACGUGAACACCAGAUCAACAAUAAUAGUCAAGUGAACAAAGAAGAAAUGAGUGACGAACAUUUACAAAAUAUUCAAAAUACAUCCGUUCCCGUUCUACAACUGCCCACCGAUUCACAGACGAUUCUUCCUGUUCAAAAUGAAGUGGUACUAAUUAACGGUGAAAAUACUAAUGCUACUGAAAACGGUAACCUCCAUCCACAAGAGCACACUAAAAUCGUUGAGGAAUCAACGCAAAAAUUAAAAGCACGGAACGAGACGGAAAUUUCACAACCUGGUCUCACAGGAAUUGAAAAUGUAACAUCAAGCAAUUCGGAAUACGACACAACCGUUUUGAAAAUGCUCACACCUUCAAUUUCGGAGGGGAUAGAAAUUCAACAGGACAAAGAGACAAAGGUUACAACUCAAAAUCCGAUGAUAACAACGGACGAUAUCAGACCCGUGUCCGAAGCAGUAGUAGAUGAUGUAAUACCGUAUAAAUUUGAUUACAAGCAACUUUUCACCCCGACUGGAAAACCAAAAUUUGUUGAAGAAGAGGACUUGUCCGAAGAUGAAUUACGAGUGAUUCCGUUAGAGAAGCAAGAUAUCAAGAAGAAAGCAGUUGAGAAGAAGACACUGGAUAAGUACAAGUACAAGAAGGAAAAGGAGUUAAGCUUUGAGAAUAUAGGAAACGUGGCUACUGAAGUUGCUGAAGAUCGCGAAACACCUACAACGACGAUGCUUUCUGUUGAAAUUCCUCCAGCAAUUAUCACAGAAAUAAUGACUAAUGAACCGUCUGUUCAGCAAGAUGAAAAUUCGACCAGACAGGCGUUGGUUAGUACCUCGGGUUCUCCUGAAACAAACGUAGAUGAUAUUGAGCCUACUAUACCUACGAUAUUAGAAACGGUAGUUGAUGAGGUGGCUCUAGGAAAUAAUAAUAGUGAAACUUUACUUCCUCGCACUGAUUCAAAGAUUCACGUUAUAGAUCAUGAAAAUAACACUCAUGUAGAAUCAUUGAGUGAUUUCUUCUCCCCUGAGGCUCAGGAUAUCUUGAAGAAUACCGCAAACACUCCUGCCGAAGAGACAAUUCAAAAGGUUCAAAACAGCUCAGCGAGUUCCAAUAUUCCAUCUAUCGAAACGAAGAUUGGAACUGACAGUGAAGACAGGCCAGAAAUUAUAGGAUCAAACCAGAAUGCAAGUGAUGCGGUUGUACUAAUACAAAAUAAUCCGAUUAGUACAACUACUCGCAGUGUCAUCGAUGAAUAUGCUACGAAAAUGAUUGAGGCUGAACCAGAGACAGUGCAUAUUGAUCAAAACCUCACGCAACAUAAUAGUACAGAUACCCUGCCAGUAGCGGAAAUAACCGCAAUUGCACCUAAUCAAACAUCCGAUGUUCAAAAUAAUGAGAAUAGGUCAAAGAACGAAACAACUGAUAAAAUUUUGAGUAACCAAGAGACUUUUCUAGUUCAAAGCACUAGUUCCUCCGAGGAAAGCAUUGAUUCUGUUGCCAAAGGUGAAAACACUUAUGAAGUUACUGAAAAACUCACGACAACCACAGGAUCGAUUGAAAUUCCUGUUUCAAUCAUCGAAAGUGUUAGGCAGCCCGCAGGUGGUCCCCUUGAACUGCCGAAUCCUCUUUUCUCGAAGUGUGCUGCUGGACAAUUUCAAUGCGUCAAUGGCACAUCUAGAGAUGGUGCUUACUGCGUCAGCUUAGCUGCGAAAUGCGAUUCGGAAAAUGAUUGCUCAGACGGAUCCGACGAAUUCAACUGCGAAAAAGAAGGUUGUCCAGGAAAUUUCCAGUGCUCUAGUGGCCAAUGUCUCAAGCGACACCUCGUUUGCAAUGGAAUUGAAGACUGCGAUGACGGUAGCGACGAGAAAAGCUGCCAGGAGUGGAAAUGCCAGUUCGACGAAUUCCAAUGUCCUAACGGAAGGUGUAUUCCGAUUUUGUGGCAAUGCAAUGGUCGUCCAGAUUGUGAAGAUCAUCGCGACGAGUACUCCUGUGCAGAGAGCUGUGGAAACGAUGAGUAUUUAUGCCCGACUGAAAAAUGGUGCAUUCCGCUAACGUGGCACUGCAAUGGAAUACCAGAAUGCGCCCACGGAGAGGAUGAAAAACUGUGCGAUUGUGCUUUGGAUCAAUUCAAGUGUAAGACUGGAGGCUGCGUCCCGGUGGACCUGGUUUGCGACGGCGUUGAACACUGUCCGGAUCAUUCGGACGAGUGGGAUUGUUUGACGGCGAACUUGACCAUCGGUCUAAACGCGACGGAAAUGCAAAAGGAAGAAGACGACCGCGAGAAUCACGGAGACAGUGACCUCAUUGGGCGAGCAACCAUACUGAAGAUAAAGCAACCAAACGGUGAACGUCGUGUCGUUUGCGCUGACAAUUGGACUACUGAACUUAGUGACGCUUUCUGUAGAGCACAGGGAUACUUCUCAUCCGAAGCCACAGACAUGCUACCAUCGGACGAAGGUCUGAAGCUUCUGAAACUGAAGUCUACGAUAGAUCUGAAGGCACCGUUGGUUACGAAUUUCGAACAUACCGACACCUGCGAAACAGGAAAGAUCGUCCAAAUCUCUUGCGAGGAAUUCUCAUGCGGUUCGCAUUAUCCAGAAGGACCAACUGCGAGAUUGGCCGGCGGUACGCCCGCUGGUGAAGGACAAUGGUCAAGUGUGGCUCUGUUGAAGGAACAAAAACACGGCAUUGCUUGUACUGCUAGUGUUCUCAGUCCUAUGUACGCCCUGGCAAGCUACUCCUGUGUUCACAAAUACAGACAGAGCAAUGGCUGGCAGUUGUUCACGGGUAGUGAUCUGCUGACUCCGCAUGCGGUUAAAAGUAUUGUGCCAUAUCCACAAGUGAAAUAUAAUCAAUUUUUAUACAAUAACGACAUGACCUUGGUUGAGCUCGAAGAGCCUUUGGUCUUUUCCCGGAACGUCAGCGCCGUUUGUCUUCCGCAACAUCCAAUUCAGCCAAGACAAUUGUGCGUUACGGCGGGCUGGGGCUUCCCGAUGAACGGUGAAGUCAACCUGCAACAAUACUUGAAAUUCUUACCGGUGCCUACCUACGACUCUGAAGAAUGUAACGCGACGAGUCAUUACGCCGGUUUCAUCACCAAGGACAAUAUUUGUGCUGGGUUUACCGACACGGACAAGGGACCCUGUUACAACGAUGAAGGUGCACCAUUGAUGUGUGCAAGCGAAACUGGUAGAUGGGAACUUCAGGGAUUGUUGAGCCAUCACAGUCGAUGCUCGCGAGGCCAUCCAGCUAUUUACUCGAGCCUUGCCCCAGCGUUGCCCUGGCUGCAUCAUUCGGUCCCAGCCCUGCAAGCUCGACCUUAGACUAAGAUAUUGCUCUUUUUACGCAUAUAUAUAAAUGUGUACGUAGAACUCAAUGCGGUGAUAUUCGGGUGACAGAAAUUAUUGUCAUGAGACAUAUAACUAUAUGUAUAGCUGCCCGUAUUAUUCGAGACAUGGUGCGCAGAAGUCCUUUGAUGCAUGCAUUUGAAUGCGUGCUGAAUGAAUAGUUGUCGAUGUUAUUCGGCAAAAGAUUAUACGUAUACGUGUUUAAAACGACGAAGAAACUCUUUCGCAUAAUCAGUCUAGUACUCUAAAUGUUUUAUUUUAUCUUUACUUUUAUUUUUCGUUAAAUAUGUAUAUACAUACGUAUUCUAUUACACAUGCGAGGAUCAGGAGAACUAUUGAAACGCAUUAAUGAAUAUUAUUUCUAUGAAGAAAUGCUUCGACGAGUACUGAGAACUGGAAGUUUGGUAGAUUAUAAAUGGAAUCGGGCGAACAGUAUAUCUGCAUAGACUAAGGAACCACAUUGUACAUAUUGUAUAAAGAAACUGUUUGAUACGGUAAAUGAUUUAUUUUGUUUCAUUUUUUUUUAAUAUGCGUUAGGUGAUAGGGUCCCUUAAUUGUUUAUUACGUAAGACAGAGAUUCAUUAUUCAUGAAAAUGGAAAUACCGAAUAUUCAAUGAUACGGAGCUUCAUCAGAUUCUCAAUGAAAAAAUAGGAAUUUUGGUAACGUAAUUAAGCGUAUUAUCCGGUCAAAGAUUGUGGUGAUAUGUACAAAACUUGUAGGUUUGAAAAUCAAGUAAAAUAUCGUUAUUAUUUUUCGUCAGAGAUGUAACCAACGUAUGAUGAUUGAACUUACGAUAAUUGUUUCAUUUAAGAGACCCUUAGCCACCUUUAAUACGAACCGUAUGUAACGAUAAAUUUGUGUCAGAAAUUCUGUUACAGAAUUCCUGGAACGAAUGUCGGCAGUUAUAGUUAGAACUGAAGUAUAUCUAUAUUAUACAUAUAUAUGUAUAUGUAUGUAUAGAUAGGAUAAAUGUACAUAAUAUAUAAUUAUAUUUUAAAUUACAUUGUUACACGGAAUAUUAACAGUACAUAAAAGUAAACAAACAAAAAAAAAAGAAAGAAAGAAACAUGUUUAUGUAUGCGCAUAGUCAGUGAUGAGUGCCUAAGUAUUUUUAUAUCGUAAGCGAAGAAAAUCAGUAAAUGUAAUUAUAACAAUCCAUACUGUUGGAGUUUUUUUAUCUAUAAAGAUCCAAACCAGUUUUAUACCAAUGAUCAUUUCUUGAAAAAUCAAUGUCUCUGUCAUUUAUAUGGUGACUCGUGACAACUCCAAGAGUAAUUGGGUAACAAUUUGAUGCAACGAUAAUUACUGGAUUAUGGGUAUUAUUGUGGGUAUGUACAUAAAAUGUACUGCUUACAACAUUUCAAAAUUGUGUGUUAUCAAGAAGGCGUUUUAUUCAUGGGAACCAGAUAUUAGGUAAAAACUGCACAUAAAGUAUUUACAAGUGAUAAA